GUGAGCGUCAUGUAGUGGUAUGAACCACUGAUACACUUGACUUCUCAUGAAACAAACUACUCUAAUUAUUCAAGUAAAUGAGGAAGGAAACAAGUGAAUCUGCGUUCCAUUUCAGUGCAAACAACUGAACAGACGAGAGCUUUCUGGAAGAAAGGGUGAUGCAGCCAUGCUGAUUAGAAAAAUGCACUUUUCACUAGCGCUAAUUCUCGUGUUUAUGGCAGGAGUUCAGGCUCAGCAGAGUGUAACUUUCUCCUCUCAGAGUCUCUGUGUUGUUAUUGGAUCUACAGUAAAAAUCCCCUGUACAUUUACACCUGAUCACUCCAGAGUCACAGAGAGACAGUGGUAUCGAGUCCAGAGCUCUGAAGGAGAACCACAAGACCUGAGAAAAGAUCCAGAAUAUUCAGGACGUGUGCCUGUAAACACCGGGGGGUCUGACUGUAGUCUGACAGUGAGUAAUGUGAGAGUGAGUGACUCUGGAGUUUAUUACUUUAGAUUUAAAACACAGAGCAGUGACUGGAUAUCAGCUUCAUCUGGAGUUCAACUGACUGUUACAGACUUGCAGGUGAAGGUGGAUCCUAACACUGUAGGACAGAGUGAAGUGAAAGUGACCUGUAGCUCCACCUGCAGACUCAACACACGCCGUUUCUACUGGUACAGGAAUGACCAUGAUAUAAGUUACACAGAAGACUCCAUUGUACUUUACUCCACCAGUCAAUAUGAUGAAGGCAGCUACUCCUGUAAGGUGUAUGAGAGUACACACCGCUCUCCUCCAGUGUGUGUACUGGGUAAACAGUGUUGGGGUGUGACUUACACUCCUGAACGUGUGUGUGCUCUGAAUAACACAUCAGUUGAUCUUUCCUGCUCUUAUAAAUAUCCUGAAGGUCACAGAGUGAUAAAAUCUGUGUGGUUCAUUAAAGAGCAGGUUAAUGUUGAGCCUGAUAAUGUAAAAGAGGAUAAGGAGUAUAAGGGCCGAGUGCAGUACACACAGAGCUCCCAGAAUGACUGUAGACUGAGAAUCACUAACCUGAGAGAGAGAGACGCUCAAACAUACAGGUUCAGAUUCCACACUGAUGAUCCUACAGGAAAAUACACCGGAGAACCUGGAGUCUCUCUGUCUGUCACAGAUCUGAAGGUUACAGUAUCAGACUGGUACAGUAAUAAGAAGCUGAGCUGCAUCACCACCUGCACUCUGUCUAACAAACCCACUUACAUCUGGUACAAGAACAGACAGCGUGUUACUGACCAGGACAGAAAAGAACUGUAUGUCAGCAGUAAGGAGGCAGGCAGCUUCUCCUGUGCUGUAAGAGGACAUGAGGAACUUCGCUCUCCUGCUGUCUGUGUUCCUGAUGAGAAGAACUGCUGGAGUGUGACUUACUCCACUCAGACUAUCUGUGGUCUAAUUGGCUCAUCAGUGGACAUACACAGUUAUUUUACCUUCCCUAGUAAAUACAAGGUCAUGAAAAUGUUCUGGCUUAUUAAACAGCAGGCUAAUGUUGAGCCUGAGGAUGUAAAAGAGGAUAAGGAGUAUCAAGGCCAAGUGCAGUACAUACAGAGCUCCCAGAAUGACUGUAGUCUGAGAAUCACUAACCUGAGAGAGAGAGACGCUCAAACAUACAGGUUCAGAUUCCACACUGAUGAUCCUACAGGAAAAUACACCGGAGAACCUGGAGUCUCUCUGUCUGUCACAGAUCUGAAGGUUACAGUAACAGACUCGGAUAGCAGACAAAUCGAUCUGAGCUGCAUCACCACCUGCAGUCUGUCUAACAAACCCACUUACAUCUGGUACAAGAACGGACAGCGUGUGUCUGAGUGUAAAUCUGCCUCCUGCUCUGUAGCUGCAGUCGGUGGUGCGGUCAGUUACAGCUGUGCUGUUGAAGGCCAUGACAGUCUCCUCUCUCCUCCAGUGUAUUCCCCUAAAAACACCACAGCAGUGGUUCUUUCCUCUGGAGACACAGUGGAGGGGGAUUCAGUGACUCUGAGCUGUAGCAGUGAUGCAAACCCUCCUGUUCUCACCUACUCCUGGUUUAAACAGAGUUCAGCUGCAGACACACUGCUGAUAACAGGCCAGAAUUACAGCAUCAGUGAGAUCAGCUCCCAGCACAGAGGACUGUACUACUGCACUGCUCACAACCAGCUGGGACACCACAACUCUACACCAACACUCCUGGAUGUGUUGUAUUCUCCUAAAAACACCACAGCAGUGGUUCUUUCCUCUGGAGACACAGUAGAGGGGGAUUCAGUGACUCUGAGCUGUAGCAGUGAUGCAAACCCUCCUGUUCUCACCUACUCCUGGUUUAAACAGAGUUCAGCUGCAGACACACUGCUGAUAACAGCCCAGAAUUACAGCAUCAGUAACAUCAGCUCCCAGCACAGAGGACUGUACUACUGCACUGCUCACAACCAGCUGGGACACCACAACUCUACACCAACACACCUGGAUGUGUUCUACCCACCACGAAACCUAUCUGUGACCGUCAUUCGAUCCGUGUCUGGUGAUAUGGGCACUUUGUUGUGCACAAGUGACUCCAACCCCAACAGCUCUUACACAUGGUACAGGAAAACAAAAGAAGGUGUGAAAUUGAUCCAAAAUGGUACCACGUUACCUUUAUCCUCAAGAGAAGAUGGAUUUCACUACUGUACAGCAAGGAAUAGAUUUGGAUCAUCCAAUUCAUCAGAAUUGCCAUAUACAUCAGAUAGCAGUGCUGUGAAAUACGUGGUCUCUGGAUUCGCUAUUGCUUUGGUUAUAUUGGUCAUUGCUGUCAUUCUGUGGAUGAGGUUUUAUGGCACAUAUUCCAACAGGAGAAGAGCACCAGCACCAGCACCCACAGUCAGGAGUGAGGAGAACAACAAGAAUGACUCUGCUCCUGUAUAUGGUAAUGUCUCAGCCAUGACUUCUGACCCCACACAAACACCCUCACCAGAAGAUCAGGACACGGUUCUGUACUCCAGUGUUUUUUUCCAACCGAAGCACACACAGGAAGUGCCUCUCUACUUAACCGUUCAACUGCCAAAGGCUCUCAACCAGGAAGAGGAAGUAGAAUAUGCCACGGUGAACCUCAUCAAAUCAAGAGCUGAUCGGAAGGAUGAAAUCUACAGCAAUCUGUCUACAAAAACCAGUGAAUAAGAAGAGUCUAAAACGACCAUAAACUUAUAACCUGUUACUUUUUUUCCUCAAAAAGCUUAUUUAUGUAAGCAAAUUGUGUUAGUUUAGUUGAUGGCUUAGAAAUAUUAUGUAUAUAAAUAUUAUAUGUUUUAAACCUUAAAUUUAAAAGUACUGUAGCCGAUCAGUUUACUAAUUCCAAGUAUUAAGCAUUAUUGGUUAUUGCUGUUUUCACUGUUUUUAUUUAUUUUAUUAUUUGUUUUACCCAC